AUGUCAAAAAUACCAGAAUCAACAUCUUCAUCAAUUUUAACUCUUUGUAUAGUAUACACUUUAAUUCACCUAAUGAAUCAUAUGCCAAGGGCAUAUUCAGUUAAAGGUUGUGUUACAUAUGUAGCUGGAGAUGAUUAUUCAAUGCGUCAAUCAAUAUGCGAUAAGCUGAAUACACACUUUCAAACAAUCCCAUUAAGUUUACCAAGUGAAGUAAUUAAAUUAACAGUGAAUCAUCAAGAUAUUACACAUUUAAAUGCUAGCCAAUUUAUCCAUCUACCAAAUUUAACCUUUUUAAACUUAGAUUCAAAUAAAAUUAAAGUAAUUCAUCCUAAUACAUUUACUAAUUUAAACAAAUUACAAACAUUAAGUUUACGAUAUAAUUUUUUAUCAAUUUCUUACGAAUCAUUCCAUCCAAAUGUGAUACAUGGUCUUUCAGUUUUACAACAUAUUAAUUUACUGCAAAAUCCAAUUGGAAAUAUACCAAAUCACUUUUUUUACCUGUUGGUAAAACUUUACGUUCAAUUGUUCUAUCGGGUUGUUCAACUGAUUUCCAUUUGA